AUGCUGCAAUACAAAACGCCAUUGAAACGUCUGCUGAAGAUGUCAAAAGUUAAUGCAGCUUGUGUUAUAAUCGGGGAUGAAGUUUUGAAUGGCAAGAUUACUGAUACAAAUUCCAAGUUCUUUGCUAAAUACUGUUACGGUAUGGGUAUAAGAUUAGGGGAGAUUGUCACGAUUGCAGAUGACGAAACUCAGAUUGUUAACACUAUGAGAAGAAUCUCAAAAGAUUAUCAGUUUAUAGUCACCUCAGGCGGUAUCGGACCUACCCAUGAUGAUAUUACAUAUGAAUCGGUAGCUAAGAGUUUUAAUUUGCCUGUAAAAAUAGAUGAAGAAUGUAAAACUAGAAUGGAUCGGAUAUCGCAUCCAGAGGCGAGAUUAGAUGCAAAAGGGCUGAAAGAUUGCUAUCGUAUGGUAACAAUGCCCUCUGGGAGCUUGGUAAAAAACUAUUAUGUUGCAGACGAUUUAUGGGUUCCAAUUUGCUCCAUUGACCACAAAGUUUACAUUCUUCCCGGUAUUCCACAAUUGUUUACAAGAAUGCUAACGAGCUUCACACCUACAAUCAGAAAGAUAUACGAUCUAAAAGAAAAUGAUCAUGAAUAUAUUCGCUUUUUUAUUAAGACGCCACAAUCAGAAUCACAGAUUUCUUCUUAUUUGAGAGAUUUGCAAAACGAAGCAAAUACUGUUAGCAACGAAAUCAAAAUCGGUUCUUACCCACAUUUUGGUUUGGGAUUCAACACUGUGAGUAUUCUGGGUACUAAAGAUAACGAAAAAUUUUUGAAAGAUAUAUCAAGUCGAACAGUAACUGCAUUGAAAGGUGAGCAAAUCUCAGCGGAACAGGAAGAAGAAUACUCAAACCCAUGA